GAGGAGGGUGUUAUUGCAGAUAUGACAUGGAAAGAAUGGCUCAUACCAAUAAUACAAUACAUAUAUAUAUAUAUAAAAUCAGAAUAAGAAUACCUUUAUUCGUCCCAAAGAGGGGACAUUUACAUUGUUAUAGCAAAAGUAAAUAGCAAAAAUAUUUAUUAAGAGAUUACACAAAUUACAAUUUACAAAAGUACAGGUGGACAACAAAAUGAACCAUUUACACUAUUUUUAAAAAGAAAAAAAGUGUAGCAUGUAAAAGGAAAAUUAUUUCAAAGGACGGUAUUGAAGGAAACAGAUGAAUCAAUACCUGCUCGUGACACUAAUGCACAAUUAAGAUUUGAAGACUUUCUUUUAAAUCUCGUAUCAACCAGAAUAAAGGGAAAAUAUUGAAGUUGCUUUGUCUCCCACAUCUUCCCCUCAGCAGGAGGUCAAUGUCAUUUCUAUUUCCUGUGAGUAAAAUAAGACGUUUAGAUGUAUUGACAUCCUGCUAGACAAAAAUGCCACCAGCAAGCAUCUCAAACACAAAAAGGAAUAAUAUUGAAUUAAUUUCACAUUUAUUGUCUCUAAGUAGAAUCUGUCUUUGCAGCGUGUAUUAAAGACAAGAAUAAUAGCUGAUGUUUAAAUAACUUAGGGAACAUGCAUGGAAACAACGUGUUUGCACAGUAAUAAAUCAACACAUUAACUCAUGUACAGAUUAGAUGUGGGAUUGUUCUUCCUGUCAGACUUUCCUUUUGGCAGUAAUCUGUGAAGAGGAGGCGACUCUGGCUUUGGGUUUCCUGACAACCUUCUGCACAAAGAUAUCAGUUUGCUGCUUUCUUUCUCGCCAGCCGCUCACUGUGAUCAAAGGUCACUGCUUUCUGCUUAUUAUACACUGUUUGUUGGCUUGUACCUGAUGAGUGGACGCAGUGGCCUUUUCAAGGUCAAUACACCGAUUUAUCAGAGUAGGAGCGAUGGAUAAGAGACGUGGCUGGCUGUGGAGCGCAGCAGGCCUAGAUCCUGCUCACCAACACCAGGGCUGAGGAGCUGCAGAGGGGAGGAGACUCCCCCCUCAGCUUCAACUAUCUUUCACACAGUCAUCUUCAUUAUCCAGUCUGACAGUGUGUAAACUAGGUCUUGACUUGACAUUUGCUGACUUCUGAGAGGCAGCUACAUCCACUUCUGAUUCCAGCUGCCUCCUCAGGGGCCACUGGAUACCGUUUUAUGCCCCCUGAAUCUGAGCCAUGAGGAACAGAUCGAGCCUGCUGCUGGGCUGCGUGCUCCUCGGCUCCGCCUCCCUGCUCUACCUGGGAAUGAGCGGGAUAGAGUGCCCCCCGAAAAGCCAUCGGUACCGGUGGAUGGAGCUGAACCUAGGCUCAGCCAAUCACAGCUCAUCCCUCACCGAACAUUUCCCAGAAGACACGCCCCUCAUCUUCAUCGGAGGCUUUCCAAGGAGCGGCACAACUCUGAUGCGCGUCAUGCUUGAUGCCCACAAUGCUGUGCGGUGCGGGGAAGAGACCCGAGUGAUUCCCCGCCUCUUGGCCAUGAGGGCCACCUGGAGCCGCUCGGUGAAGGAGAGGAUACGACUGGACGAGGCCGGCGUCACCGACCAGGUGUUGGAUUCAGCCGUCAGAGCCUUCCUGUUAGAGGUGAUCGUUGGCCACGGGGAGCCUGCACCUCGUCUUUGCAACAAGGACCCGUUCGCCUUGAAAUCUCUCUCUUAUCUGUCGCGCAUCUUCCCCAAAGCCAAAUUUGUGCUCAUGCUACGAGAUGGGCGGGCUACCGUCCAUUCCAUGAUAUCACGCAAGGUGACUAUCUCAGGCUUCGACCUGACCAGCUACAGAGACUGCCUGACCAAAUGGAGCAGCGCGGUGGAGACCAUGUUCAGCCAGUGCCAGGCGGCCGGGGAGUCCAGAUGUCUGCCCGUCCGCUACGAGCAGCUCGUCCUCCACUCAGAGGAGGAAAUGAGGAAGUUGCUUCACUUCCUGGAGCUGCAGUGGGACCCGUCAGUGCUGCACCAUGAAGAGCUGAUUGGGAAAGUUGGCGGUGUGUCUCUGUCCAAGGUCGAGCGCUCCACAGACCAGGUGAUAAAGCCGGUAAACACGGACGCCCUCUCCAAGUGGGUCGGGCACAUUCCCUCCGAUGUGAUCAGUGACAUGGCUGAGAUCGCCCCCAUGCUGGCUCGCCUCGGGUACAAUCCCCACGCCAACCCACCCGACUACACCAAGCCAGAGCCCGUGGUGUCACUGUUCAACUACUCACAGAAUUUGAAAGCAACAGAGACUCAACAUCCCAGUUAAGUCUACGAGGAACAUCCCUGAAAUCCAGAUUCUCUGUUCCACACUCUGGGUGCACCUUAACGAAAGACUUCUGGUUCAGCAGUAAUUACAUCUCAAAGGACAGAUGUUAAAGUAUUCCAUGUGUAUUUUUGAAUUGUUUUUAAGACUAAUGUCUGGUGUAUAUGUCUGAACGCGGAUAAGAGUGUGAUAAAUACUGCCUCAUACAGUGGUUUGUGUUUUAUAUCCCAUGUGGAUUAGCUGCUGGAAGAAGUUUCUUACUUUCCAACAUGUCCGAAUCGACAGUAUUACACUGCAACGACGCGUCCUCUCACCUUGUAACUGAAAGUAUUUCAACAUGUUUGUAGAGUUGUUAUAAUUCACCACAAAUGUGAAUGUGUCUUUAGACAAAUCUUUCACUUUCUGAGAGCUCAGUCAGUGUUCAUGAAGCAUAAUGACUGUAUAUUUUUGAAGACGUAUGUUUAUUUUCUUAAUAAAUUAUUUUGGUGUUGACAAUUAAUUCAGGACCUUAAUGUUGUUCUUUCUAUAGAGGGAUUUUUGAUUGUUGUAAAUUGUUCGACAUGAAUAAAAAAAAGUGUCUAAAUGUCACUUUAAUAAUGUU